UGUUGCCCAGAUGGUGUGUUUACACUGUUUUUGUUUAUUAUUAAAGACGGAAAUCUGGGGCUUUAUGGAUCUCUGUGCUGUUGCUGGAGGAGGAGUGGAGAAGGAUCAGUAAGUGUGUGUGUGUGUGAGGAGGAGCGUCAAGCAGCUCCACACUGAUGCUGAGUCAGAGACAGGUGGAUCUGUGGGCCUUUGUCUCUGGAGCUUCUGCUGAAGAUGGAGGAGCUGGAACACACCUGCCCUCAUCCUCGGACGACUCUCAUAGAACCCGCCAUAUUCGCCCAGGAGAAGAGCUGCAAGUGUCGAGCGCCCCAUGAGAAGCUGAGUGUUGCGCAGGCUCGACUCGGCACUCCGGUGGACCGACCGGUGCGCGUCUAUGCAGAUGGGAUUUUUGAUCUUUUCCACUCCGGCCAUGCCAGAGCGCUGAUGCAGGCCAAGAAUCUCUUCCCCAACACGUACCUGAUAGUCGGAGUUUGCAGCGAUGAACUCACUCACAAGUACAAGGGCUUCACGGUGAUGACCGAGGAGGAGCGUUACGAAGCGUUACGACACUGUCGUUACGUGGACGAGGUGGUGCGAGAUGCUCCCUGGACCCUCACGCAGGAGUUCCUGAAAAAACACAAGAUUGACUUUGUGGCCCACGAUGAUAUCCCGUACUCGUCGGCUGGAUCUGAGGACGUGUACAAACAUAUAAAGGAGGCAGGGAUGUUUGUGCCUACUCAGAGGACAGAGGGGAUCUCCACGUCCGACCUGAUCACUCGUAUCGUGCGCGAUUACGACGUUUACGCCAGACGCAACCUGGAGCGAGGAUACACGGCCAAGGAGCUGAACGUCAGCUACAUCAGCGAGAAGAAAUACCGUCUGCAGAGCCAGGUGGACAGGAUGAAGGAGAAGGUGCGGACGGUGGAGGAAAAAUCCAAACACUUUGUGUAUCGUGUGGAGGAGAAGAGCCAUGACCUUAUCCAGAAAUGGGAGGAGAAAUCGCGCGAGUUUAUCGGGAACUUUCUGGAACUCUUCGGUCCCGACGGCACGUGGAAGCAGAUGUUUCAGGAGCGCAGUGGCCGUAUGAUCCAGGCGCUCUCUCCCCGCGGUUCUCCCAGCAGUAGCCCUCCCAGGGAUUACUCUCCGUCCCGCUCUCCCUCUCCUCCGUCCCGCUGGGCCAUGCCGAGGACCUCGCCUCCAUCUUCUCCCAAAGGCGCCUCGGCCUCCAUCAGCAGCAUGAGCGAGGGAGACGAGGACGAGAAGUGAGGAUGAGGAGCUAGGAUCGGGAGUGAUGACUCACACACCCUAAUCACUCACGAGAAGUGAGGAUGAAGAGCUAGGACCAGGAGCGAGGACUCACACACUCUAAUCACUCACUCACACACACACACACACACACACCACUCUUUACCUGAACACUCCAGCAGUGACGAGCUUCACCAGUCUACUCUCAAGACUAAAAUAUUGUAAAUUUGCUGUAUGCAAUCGGAGAUCAAUCGCGUCGUUUUCUUGAGCUUUUCUGAUUUCUAACCAGUUCACAUGAAAGCCAUUGAUUUAUUCUCUUUAGCAGCGAGGAGAUGAUGUAGAUAUGAGUUAAGGGCGAGGAGUGUGUGAGUGAUUUGCCUUUUAUUGCUCAGGUUUGACUGAAAUGUAAAGACCAUCCGUGUAAAGUACUGUACAUCUCUGUCUGAGGUUUUUAUUUGCCUGUUUACAGACAGAGACACUUGAAGUUAUUUGUUUCUGUAGACUCUCCAUCAAACCUGUUGUUAUUAUCCUCCCUUUCGUUAAAGGAACAGUUUGGACAAACAAACACAUCUUCAGUGUCCUUAACGCUGAAUGUAGUGGAUCAGCUGAAACACGCUUCACUGUCUGAACUCUGCUUCUUUAGUUUAGCCCAAACACAAGAUUAAUAGUAUAAACAACUCUUUAGUCUGCUUAGAAAUUUGGUAAGCUUAUAUUAAAGAACUUAAAUCACUCAUAAAUUGAUUAACUCCGCCUUCAGGCCUCAGGCCACGCCCCUUACCCGAGCCCGAUCCUGGUGUGGAGUGAGAUCCAGCUUGGCAUCAGGAUCUUAUGCUGCGAUUGGUUUGGAGCGAGGAGACGUCACUGUAGGACGAUUUAAACCGUCAUAUUUAGCGCACCGUGCUAAACUGGUAGCAAUAGUUUGUUACUGGUAGCAAAAGUUUUGUGAUUCGUUAGCAACGUAAUAAAGGAGCAAUGGUCCGACCCGGAGUUUCAUCUUUCAGCUGACUGAAAACUCAGCGUUUUUAUUUUUGUCCAAAUUGCUCUAAGCGAUGUAUCAGUGUCAUUAUUAGGGGUCGAGGUUCUUUAAAAUGGUCGCGUCAUCAUCAUCUUGGUAAAGUGACUGCUACCUCCACGUCCUCCACGUCCUCCUCCUGCUUCCAUCUGCGAUCAAAUUCACGUCCAACAUCAGGAGAGAGAUGAGCUCAUCGGUGUAAACCGUCAGGCAGACGGUCACGUGUCUUCGUAAAACGCUGAAAUGUCUAACCAUUAAAACGUUCGAUCUAACCGCUAGUGCUGACGUCACCGUGGUGUAAACGCUAAUGCUAACGAGUUGUCACGUUACAUACCCUGGAUGCAAACUUGCACUGUGUACAAACCUGUGUACAGACGUGUCGUUUUGUUCACGUGUUAUUUUAUACCUACAUCUGGAAAUGACUAAACAUGUGAAUUAACGAAAGGGAAACGUGUGGAUGGAUGAUAGAGAUAGAUACAGAAGGAAAUAAGGCAGCGAGACGAGGCUGUCGAGACAGUUUUAUUAAAGUCUGAACUGGUCACAUUGGAUGAUGGAAUAAACAAUAAAUCACUAUAAACCACAAGAACACAACAAAGGCAGAACAUCAGGUCAAUCGUUUCUUUUCAGAUUUUUUGCUUCGAUGUAAUUAACAGGAACCACAACGACUCGGAGAAACACGUGGAGCCUAGAGCUGGAAAAGCAGUGGGAAUGUUUCGAGGAUUUUAAAUGCCGUUACAGGAAAAUAAUCGAUCACGUGGCUUUUCUGUGAGCAGCCUGACGUUGAUUCGCUUCCUGCGAGUGUUUUAUUCCUCUUAAACCUCAGCGGAAGUCAAGCCAUGACACUUUAUUACUCGUUAUACAACAUGUACUACUUUUUAUUCUGUUUAUAGUUACAUGAUCACGAAACAUGCUAGUUCACUUAUUCUAGCAGCUAUAAUAAAAUAUAACAUAGAAUCUAAUAUAUUAUAUAUAUUGUUAAGGAGAAACCGUAAAGAAGCGUAAAAUUGUUGUCUUUAAAGCUAUAGGAACGACGUUACGUGUUACGACGAGCGUGUUAAUGUAGACCCGUUGAUGCUACAUCAUCGAAUCAACACCUUCCGACCAAUCAGAUUGGAGAAUUUACCGGUAUAAAUGCACAGAAAUAUAAUAAGAAUGAUUUGCUACAUACGUGCUGGUUUCCGCUAAUCAGAGGAAUAUAACGUCAUAUUCUAAUGAAUGAAUUUGUAUUAAAUAACACCAUUAACCCUUUAAUCGGGUCACAAACAGGGAGGAGUUUUAAAAGCUGAAAAAUCAGCUGCUCCCAAUAAACAACCCCGAAUGUAAUUACUGGAUAUUUGCAUAAAGGAAACUAGCAGCUGAUUUAUAACGCUAACGGGAAGAAAAUCGGCAGGUUGAUUAAAAUCAGGGGCGCCGUUAAGGGGGGAAACGUUAGGACGAUUCUAAGGGCCCAUGCACUUUUGGGGCCCCCAGAGGCAUGUACAGUAUGUUUGGUAUGAAAUGGGUGUGGUGGGGGGCCCAGUAGGGGUAGGGGGUCCAGUCUCAUUAUCUUUCAUAGGGCCCAAAAUUGCUAGUGGCGAACCUGAUUAAAAUAAAUUGCAAAACUAAAGCUGAGAGUCUGAGGCUUUAAAAUAAA